CAGCUGUUGGCGCGAGCAAAACAAAACCCAAUUCAAAGUAGAAUUAAUUACAUUUAGUUUAAGCCAAUUUUAAGGUGCAGCCAUGAGUCAAGCCACUGCUACUGCCAAAUGGCGCACCUCGGCCAGCGUAAUUCUGGUGGCCAGCGAUGCCGGAACGAGCGACGAUUACAAGUUGCUAAUGCUCAAGCGCAGCGAUGCCACGGCUAUGGUGGUCAACCAGACCGUCUUCCCCGGCGGCCUUUUGGACUCGGAGGCCGAUGAAAGUGUGGCCUGGCUGCAGUACUUUGAGGAGUUCGGUGUCCCGCAGGAGGAGCUGCGUCCCCUGGUGCUGAUCCGGGACGAUCGUCCUGCCAUUUUGGCACCCCAGGGUACUGGAUGCUAUGAUCGUUUUUUCAAGAGCUCCCGCAUUUGGUCGCGGGAGAUAAUACUGCGCCUCACAGCCGUGCGCGAGACCUUUGAGGAAGUUGGAGUGCUGCUGGCCCGCAGUCAAAAGCAACUGGACUUUGGCGCAGUGGCCUGUGUUCAGGAUGUGCCCGAUCUGGAGGCGUGGCAGCGGAGGGUGCACGACAAGCCCAGUGAGUUCUUGACCCUAUGCCGUCAUCUGAAGGUGGUUCCAGAUCUGUGGGCCCUGCAUGAGUGGUCGGCCUGGGCAAGUCCGGGAUUUCUGCGCAAGGGGUAUGAAACGGUUUUCUUUAUGGCCUUUGUGGACAAGCAGCCUAAACUGCUGGAGGAGCCCGGCGAGGUCAAGGAGACGAUGUGGCUGGCUCCGCUGGACUUGCUGCGACUCAACCAAAUGGGUGAGGUUUGGUUUCUCCCACCUCAAGUCUACGAAUUGUUGCGUCUAAUAGGUAUCAAGAAGUACCUGCGCUUAUUGGAUUUCGCCGUCAAACGAGGUAGAUUAGGAACGACCAUGUUUCUGCCGGUGGUUUACAAUUGCGAAGGAACUAUGGUCUAUGUCCUGCCAGGCGAUGACUACUAUGUGCCAGAGCCGCAUUUGGUCAGUGAGGUUAUCUCUUUUCCGGGCUCAGCGGAUGAGUUUAUAGCCCGUUCAAAGCACUUGCAUCGCUAUGCCUAUGGUCUUUCCAUUAAAAAUUUGGAACUCAACAUUCCCCCGCCCAAUGGACACUUGAGACCGCUAAAAUUCCAGAUGGAACGCCAAAAGCUGUAAUCACAUUCCGCCGUUGCCUGGACUUCGAUGACGAUGGGGGUCACCCCAGCUGCUUAGCUCUGAUAAGAUGCUUACUGUGACCCCACAAAUUGUUGUUUUCUUAAAUUGUUCUAAGCGGCUUUAGCCGGUCAUCAAAUCUAGACGCCGAGCUCUGGACAGAGAAGCAUUAAUUAUAAUUUUAUAGGCAAAAUUUUAAUUAAAAAAAUGUACAGUUUAACCU